AUGUCUAAGCCUCAUGUUCUGCUCCUCGGAGACAUCACCCACGCCAAGGCCGAGUGGGAAGCCCUCUCUGACGUUGCCACCCUCUCAAUCUGUGAUUCGGGAAACCGCGAGCAGUUUAUCAAGGACCUCAAGGGAAAGUACUCUGAUGUCGUCGCUGUCUUCCGUACUUUCAAGUCGGUUGGCAUUACUGGUCGCAUUGAUGCCGAGCUUAUCAAGGAGUUCCCUCCUACUCUGAAGUUCGUCUGCCACAACGGUGCUGGAUACGAUCAGAUUGAUGUCGAGCCUUGCUCGGCUGCUGGAAUCCAGAUAUCAAACUGCCCCUCGACCGUUGACGACGCUACCGCCGACGUCAACAUGAUGCUCAUCCUCGGUGCUCUUCGCAACUUCAACCAGGCCGCCGUCGGUCUCCGCCGCGGCGAAUGGAACUCAACCACCCCUCUCGCCAACGAUCCCGAGGGAAAGCUUCUUGGAAUCGUCGGAAUGGGCGGUAUCGGCCGUGCCGUCAAGCGUCGCGCCGAGGCCUUUGGCAUGACUGUUCAGUACUACAACCGUCGCGAGCUGUCUCCCGAGCUCUCUGCGGGCGCAAAGUACGUUUCCUUCGACGAGCUCCUUGCCACUUCGGACGUCAUCUCGCUCAACCUUCCGCUGAACGCCAACACGCGCCACACGAUCAACAAGGCUGCCUUUGACAAGAUGAAGGACGGCGUUGUGAUUGCGAACACCGCCCGCGGUGCGGUUAUGGACGAGGCUGCGCUGGUCGAAGCCCUCGAGAGCGGGAAGGUCAAGAGCUGUGGUCUGGAUGUGUUUGAGAACGAGCCUACUAUCCACGAGGGCUUGCUCAAGAACGAGAAGGUCAUGCUCCUUCCUCACGUCGGAACGCUCACGUACGAGACGCAGAAGAAGAUGGAGGUCCAGGUCAUCGACAACAUCCGUGCUGCCAUCACUUCCGCCAAGGUUAACACUCUUGUCCCGGAGCAGGUUGCUGCUGGCAUCUUCUAA